GACAUCACAGGCCUCCCCUCCUUUUUCUGCCUGCACCAUGGCUGGGAGAACAGCGACCUGAGGGGAUUUGAACCAUCUGCACCCAACCCAUGUAUGACCAAUUGAGGAAGAAAAAUCUAAAGAAAUGAGUAAUCCCACUGAAUACGACAACCCUCAGAAGGGGGAGCCGACCAGUUUACCAGCAGCACCACCCACCGCACCACCAGCAGCACCGCCGGCAGCACCCGCAGCCCCACAGACCGAGAUAAAGUUCCCAGGCAACCAAAAGGCGCUCUCUGAAAAAGACAAGACAGCCAUAAAGAUCCAGGCCUGGUGGCGGGGCACGCUGGUCCGCCGGGUGCUGCUGCACGCCGCCCUCAGAGCCUGGAUCAUCCAGUGCUGGUGGCGGAAGACGCUAUCCAGGGUCCUGGAGAAGAGGCGGCGGGCCGAUCGGGAGAGCUACUUGCGGAAGGAGUGGGCGGUGGUCAGGCUGCAGUCCUGGGCUCGCAUGUGGCAGGUGCGCCGGCGCUACUGCCGCGUGCUGGACGCCGCGCGCAUCAUCCAGGCCUACUGGAGGUGCCACUCCUGCACCUCCCGGGGCUUGAUCAAGGGCCACUACAGAGUCACAGCCAACCAGCUGCACCUGGAGCUGGAGAUUUUGCUGGGCUCAGGACCUUGCAUUGUGACCGAGUGUAUUCCCCUCCCAAUAAAGCAGUAACGUGGUCUUCCCUGCAGUCUCUCCG